CCCCUGCCUGGCGCCGCAGCUGCGAGCGCGGAGCGGGCACGGCGCUGGAAGCGCUGCGCCGUGAGGGGCCGCGCGAUGUGGCUGAAGCCCGAGGAGGUGCUGCUGAAAAAUGCCCUCAAGCUGUGGGUGCAGGAGCGCUCCAACCAGUACUUCGUGCUGCAGAGGCGGCGGGGCUAUGGCGAGGAGGGCGGAGGCGGGCUGGCAGGUCUCCUUGUGGGAACAUUGGACGCAGUGCUGGACUCCACGUCGAAAGUGGCCCCGUUCCGCAUCCUGCACCAGACGCCCGACUCGCAGGUGUACUGGUCCAUCGCGUGCGGAUCCAGCAGAGAAGAAAUAACAGAACACUGGGAGUGGCUAGAACACAAUGUUAUGAAGACUUUAUCAGUGUUUGAUUCAAAUGAAGACAUUACAAGCUUUGUCCAGGGAAAGAUAAGAGGUUUGAUUGCUGAAGAGGGAAAACAUUCUUUCGUAAGAGAAGAUGAUCCUGAGAAGUUUCGUGAAGGUCUUAUGAAGUUUGAGAAGUGCUUUGGAUUACCAGAGCAGGAGAAGUUGAUUACCUACUACUCAUGCAGUUACUGGAAGGGCAGAGUGCCCUGUCAAGGAUGGCUCUAUCUCAGUACCAACUUCCUUAGCUUCUACUCCUUUUUGCUUGGAGCAGAAAUAAAACUUAUUAUCUCCUGGGAUGAAAUAUCAAAACUUGAGAAAACUUCCAAUGUGAUUCUGACAGAAAGCAUUCAUGUGUGCUCCCAUGGGGAAGAUCAUUAUUUUUCCAUGUUUUUGCACAUUAGUGAAACAUUCCUGCUCAUGGAGCAGCUGGCAAAUUAUGCAGUUAGAAGACUUUUUGACAAGGAGACAUUUGAGAAUGAUCCAGUCCUUCAUGACCCUCUGCAGAUCACCAAGAGAGGCUUGGAGAGCUAUGCCCACAGUAAGCAUUUUAGUGCAUUCUUCAGGCUACCUAAAGAAGAGUCCUUGAAGGAAGUUCAUGAGUGCUUCUUAUGGAUUCCUUUCAGUCAUUAUAACACCCAUGGGAAAAUGUGCAUUUCAGAAAACUACAUCUGCUUUGCUAGCCAGGAUGGCAGCCUGUGCAGUGUAAUCAUUCCAUUGAGAGAGGUUACAGGGGUGGAUAAAGGAGAUCCAGCCAACAGAGGAAUCAGCAUUAGUACCAAAGGGAAAACAGCUUUUCGUUUCACAGAGGUGAGAGAUUUUGGACUGCUUGUGGCAAAGCUCAGGAUGAAAUGCAAUGCAACUGCAAGUCCACAACACAUCAUAAGUACUGAGGUUGCAGCUGGUUCUGCCACUGACAGUCCAAAGGAUUUUGGUGCAGGACAGUCAAAGAUGGGCCAGAGAGAUAACAGCAAAACUGUCAGUACAGAAGCACUUAUGACUGUCUACCAUCCUCAGGAUGCUGAGAACCUUGACUCUAAAAUGUUGAAAGAAAAAAUGAAGGAACAGUCAUGGAACAUCCUGUUUGCAGAACGGGGCCAUGGGGUCAGUAUGUUUCGAACAAAGAAGACUCGAGACCUGGUUGUAAGAGGCAUCCCAGAGUCUCUAAGAGGAGAACUCUGGCUACUCUUCUCAGGUGCUGUAAAUGAUAUGGCAUCCAACCCUGGUUAUUACACUGAGCUGGUGGAACAGUCCUUAGGAACCUGCACUUUGGCUACUGAUGAAAUUGAACGAGAUUUACGUCGCUCCUUGCCUGAGCAUCCUGCUUUUCAAAGUGACACAGGAAUUUCUGCCCUCAGGAGAGUUCUUACAGCUUAUGCAUUCAGGAAUCCACAGAUUGGAUAUUGUCAGGCAAUGAAUAUUCUGACAUCAGUGCUUCUGCUGUAUGCUAAAGAGGAGGAAGCAUUCUGGCUUUUGGUUGUUGUGUGUGAAAGGAUGCUCCCUGAUUAUUUCAAUCGCCGAAUCAUUGGUGCCUUGGUAGAUCAGGCAGUGUUUGAGGAGCUCAUCAGGGUUCACCUGCCUCAGUUGACAGACCACAUGACGGACAUGACUUUUUUCUCCUCGGUCUCUCUCUCCUGGUUCCUUACCCUUUUUAUCAGUGUGCUGCCAAUUGAAUGUGCAGUCAAUGUGGUGGACUGUUUCUUCUAUGAUGGAAUAAAGGCAAUCUUGCAGCUGGGUCUUGCAGUGCUGGAAUACAACAUGGAGAAGUUACUCACUUGUAAGGAUGAUGCAGAAGCAGUCACUGUUCUCAACAGAUUUUUUGACAGUGUCACUAACAAAGACAGUCCUUUACCUCCAGCUGUGCAGCAGGGCUCCAACCUCAGUGACACAAAGAGUGACCAUCCAAAAGUGGACAUCACUGAUCUGAUCCGAGAGUCAAAUGAAAGAUAUGGAGAUAUUCGCUAUGAGGACGUGGAGAGCUUGCGCUGCAGGAACAGGCUUUAUGUGAUCCAGACCUUGGAAGCUACCACCAAGCAGAAUGUGCUACGUGUUGUGUCUCAAGAAGUAAAAUUCAGUCCUAGUGAUCUGGAAGAGCUUUAUGAAUUAUUCAAGAAGGAGCAUUUUCUUUCCUGUUACUGGAGUGUAAAUAGUCCUGUGCUGCAGCACCAUGAUGCCAGCCUGCCCUACCUUGAGCAGUACCGGAUUGAUUGCCAGCAGUUCAGGGUUCUCUGCCACCUGCUGAGCCCCUGGUCACACUGUGCCAACAGAGACUCUCUGGCUCUCUGGACAUUCCGACUGAUGGAUGAGAGUUCCAACUGCCUUAUAAACUUCAAACAGUUUGCCUGUGUUCUUGAUACGAUGUAUAAUGGAAGCUUCACUGACAAACUCAAGUUUCUUUUUAAGUUGCACAUCCCUCCAGCUUUUACUGAAGUAGAAUCUCUAAGCCCUUCCAAAGGGGAUGAUCUUUCAAAAGAAGAACUGAUGCACUUCAGCCAGCUCAGUGUUUCAUCUGUUGGGGAUAAUCUUGAAAGUGGUUCUCUGAAGAGCAGCCCAGAAAAAGGGAAGGGGAAGGUUGAUAUUCAAGCAUAUCUGAAGCAAUGGCAAGAUGAACUUCUUAAAAAAGAAGAAAAUGUAAAGGAUUUGCCAAGAAUGAAUCAGUCUCAGUUCAUCCAGUUCUCAAAAACUCUCUACAAUCUGUUCCAUGGGGAUCCUGAGGAGGAGCUCUUGUAUCGGGCUAUCGCAGUGGUGACCAGCCUCCUGCUGAAAAUGGAAGAAGUUGGCAGAAGGCUGCAGAGUCCCAUGUCACCUGUCACAAGUCCAGCUGCUGUCACAGAAGUGGCUGCUGAAGUGCCCAGAGAGAGGCAGGAGGAAAGCAGCUCUGAGCAGACUGAAGGCAGUAGAGCACAGGGUUUGGAAGGGAACCAUGAAUGGUCUUUUGCCUUUGAACAGAUUCUGGCAUCCUUAUUAAAUGAGCCAGCCUUUGUAAGAUUUUUUGAAAAACCUCAAGACAUAAAAGCUAAAAUAGAGAGUGCUAAAAAUUUACAACUUAAAGCAAGAACUAGAGUGUAAUUUUCUUUACAUUUGACUCUGAAUUAAUCACAUAAAGUGCUUACAAAUGAAGGCUGUAACUAUGGAAAUCAAGUCUGGUGUUGACAUAGGAAAGUAUCAGAUUACUGGUAUCUAAUGUAAAUAAAAAUAGUUUGAAGCACA